GAAAAAUUGUGACACUUCUAUUUUGUAGCGCGGCAGGUUGUGUGUUCCGGUCCGGAAAAAGUGCUUGAUUUUUGAAAAAUGGAAGCAACCAACUUGGAAGAAAAUUUUAAAUUAUUCUAUCGAAUUGCGAAAAAUUUGAUUCUUUAUCUCAAGGAUGAUGAUAAAGUUCUGGCCGCGCAAUGGCUCCGCAAGCUGGCCGCCUGCAAAUCGGCGGCCGAUUCCGAACUCCGGAAUCACUACAUGACACUGUUGCUGGUGGUACUCCAGCAGAACCGCAUCGUCGGCCCGUUCAGCAAACCCCCCGCCGACGGAACCGAGCUGGAGCGCUUCUCCAAAGACUACCAGCCGGAGGACAUGCAAGCUCUGAUCAAUGAGGAACUGCUGAAGCAACCGGCUCCGCCGCUGGUCCAGUUUGCGAUGGCUGGUGGCGACAAACUAACGGAGUUUGCCGUGUCGCAGGAAAUUCCCAAAUUUGGAGUGCACUUUUACUACGUCUGUUCGAUGGAACCGCUGUAUGACUUUCAGCGACGUAACCAGGCCAAGAUCCCGCGUGGUUUGAUGGGACCCACGCGAUCAACGAUCAAGGACUUGAACGCGGGUAUAGAAGAACUGCUUCGUACUGAAAAGCAGAAGCUAAAGGUCACCGUAGACAAGACCGGCAGGAAGCAGAUCAAGAUCCGUGACGAGAACGUGCUGGGAGGAGGUGGAAGAACUCGCGCUAUGCCCAAACAUUUACGCGCUCGGUUGGGAGCAGCAGCCGCUGCGGCACCACCGGCGCCCACUCAAGAACCGGAAGUGGAAAUCCCGCUGACCACCUUUGUUGAGCAACCGUCCCCGCCGAGGCGUCCAGCGCGACCCGUAGCGACACGACCCAUACCGACACGCUCUAGAUUGGCACCGCAGCAACAGGUUGAUUUGCAAAAUCCUUCGAUCGCCGUUGCGGUGAAGGCUGGUGCAGCGGUGGCUAGGCUUGAGACGGCGGCAACGGCCGAAGCAGUUGCGGGCCCAUCUACGAGACCAACGGGGGCGAUUCCGAAGGUUAAGGCACCCGCUGCCAAGUCAAGACCAGGCCAAUUGAGGGUUCCCGCAACUGCUCCCGGUCAACCGGCACAGGUUCAACCCGCAAGAGGACUAAGACAACCUGGGCGAGCUGCUCCCCAAGUUAGACCUCCUGCUGGUCGCGCAGCUCAGCGACCACCCGUUCAGCAAACUCCCCAGCAGCAAGUUCCGGAAGCUCGCUACACUACGCCGUACCGCUUUACGCCCCACCCUUGGGCGUCUCCCACGCCACCAAUCUUCAAAUACGGAGCGCGACACGAAGGUCCCGAGUACGAGCAGCAACAGUUUGGCGUUCCGGCGGCGGAAAAGUUUGCCGUGCCGAUGCGCAAGAUUAAGGCGCUCAAAUGGACACCAUCGAGGCGUGGCGAACGGCCGCAGAUGCGGGAUAUCGUGCGAAAGCAUCCAAUCCCGGAAGAGGUUCGUCAAAUUACAGAAGUGGCCGAACGUCCAUAUAUUUCCACGCCGGAGGUCGAGCAAGAAGUGUACGAGCAGAUGCGGCGCGAGCAUUUGGUCGAGCAAGCCGACGAGCGAACGUCACGCCUGAUGGCACGAUUCUACGCUGGCAAGAGUCUUGUUCCGCGAGCGUUGGACUUCUCCACGGCGGACACUUCGAUGCGACCUGGCGAACAGGCGGCAGCUGAGGAAGAAAUCGCAUCCGGUUUUGAGCCGUACCUGCUGGACGAUACACCGGUCACUGAGGAUGAGUUGAUGGCGGAGGAAGAAAUGGAGUUUGGAGAUGAUCUUUUCGCUGGAGGUUGGGGAAGAUCACCGGCAGAAGUGGCUCAACCAGUUGCUGAGUCAGAAGUUGUCGAGGAAGCUCAAGGUUUGUCCGUAUCGCCCCCAAGGAUUGCAGUGGCUACGCCUCCCCGUCAAAGCCCGGCUACGGCCGCUACAUCACCACGUCAAAGCCCGGCAGCAGUCGUGACACCACCACGACAACCACAGUACUUCGUCGAAGAAGAGCAAGGCUUCCUAGAAGAUGAGGACAUUUAUCUGGUCGACGACCAAGAUUACGCCUUGGAAGCAAGCCCGUUACCACCAACGCCACCUUCUCCACGAACUCCCGUACGGAUGCCGACUCCUGUAACGCCUACCACCAGGAUCGCCGAUGCACGGCGAGUUUUCCUUACAACUAUGAUCGAGGAUGCUCCGGCCGCUUCACCACCACGACCCUCACCUGGAGGAACCACUGCUCGUUUGCUCGAUGUCCCGAUACGAUCACCACUGCCCACCAGAAGUCCAGGCGUUCCAGAAUUCGACAUUCUGACAAGUCCCAAAACGCCGGAAAAGAUGGACACAAAGGUGGCCGUCCUGCUGAACGCCAUUGAAGCCCAGGUCGAGGCUCACAAGCAUCUCAUCGGGGAAGUGUCCGAAAUGCCACGAACGCCUUCGCUGGACAAUCUGGUGACGGAGCUAUCCAAUGGAAACGAUGCGCUACAGAGACUGCGACUGAAUUUCGAAGCUUACAAAACAGCUCGAGCGGAGAAACCGGCUACUCCACCGCAACCGGUAGAGUCGGCAAUGCCAGCUCAAUUGACGUUGGACCUUCAGAACCUGUCCGAUCUUGUCGAGGAGACGAAGGAUGGAGCAGAAAUGCUGCAGGAAAUUGCAGAAACGGCCGAGGACCCUGUUGUUCAGCAAGCGGCUCAGCAAAGCUUGGAGACAUCUCAAGCGUUGGCGGAAAUCUCCAACCAGAUGCAACAUUUGACCACGCUGUGGGAGCAGAGCAUGGCCCAGGAAGGUUCUUCGUUGGGACUGCUUGACGAACAAGACAUCACUGGAGGUGGUGAUUUGUUUGGAGAGGAAGCGGCACCUAGUCCACUGCAGGCAACGGUGAACGAAAUGGUGGAGUCGUUGGAUCAAUCGAUCAAGGAUGUAAUAUCCGGGGAAGCUUCGCCGCAGGAACUGCAAGCGCAAUUGCGUGAUUUCCAGCAAGCAUUGAAGGACAUUGACUUGGAAGGUUCGUUGCUGGAGGGAAGUCAACCGAUUGACGAGCUGUUGCAGAGUGCGAACGAGCUGGAAACGUCGAUACAGAAGGAAGCGGCUGCAGUAGACGCGGUGACCAACACGCCCGAACGAGCAUCGCUGCUGCAGAGGAGCGAACAUGUCAUCGACGGUAUGAACGAAAUACUUGAUUUUGUGGCGCCGCAACCACCAACAGCAUCAGCUGUGUCAACGGUUCCAACUCCUCAACGGAUGGCCAUCGCUUCGCGGCUGGAAACACUUCGCCAAGCUCAGCGACAAACCGCCGCGAGACCAGAUGAGGGAACAUUGGUGCUAACGGCGGUGGAUGAGGCCGCACAGAGACACGUGGUGGAUCACCCGGGACCGUUUGCAAUUAAUUGGGAGGACGAACAGGAUGCGGAUAUUUUGGAUGAGGAGGAAAUGGAGAUGGACGAUCUGAUGUACGAGGAUCCGAGGGCGUAUCAAUAUCCACCGGCAGAAGAGGAAAUCCUGGACGCUUCUUUUAUGCAGACGGACGACAUGUUUGGGGACGAGUUUAUAACGGAACCUGCGCGGUGGACACCAACGGCUUCGCCAGUUGCGGGACCAUCCGGUGUCCAGCAGCAGAUGAUGAAUCUCUUGGUGGAAACGCAACACCAACAGGAAGCUUUGUUAAACGCUAGCCUAGCCGUUCAAGAGAGCUCGUACGACGUGGCGGCGGUCGCGGCUAGCCAGCAAGUAGCACGGAAGCUGGCACAAAAUCAAGCUGCUGUGGCACAGAUGAUCAAUCAGAUACAAGCCGGCGAGGAGAACUUUGGCUGGCUGGGUCCGAUGGAGCAAAUGGGUAAGGGAAGAGUGCCGGCCGCGAGAGGACCAGCCGCUAGGGGUCCAGCUCGUGGAGUUCCAGCUGCUGGCGCAAGGCAAGUUCAGCAGAGGGCCCCCGCAAGACCUGCUACGACGCAAGCGAGACCAGUUACAAGACCAGCAACCGCAGGGCAGCAGAUGCCUCGAAAGACGGCAGUCGGACUGCAGAGACCCACCACCGCUUCUAGGGCAGCCGUUGGUCAACCGAAAGCCGCUGCCGCAGCCAGACAAGCUGCCGGAGCAGUUCCAAGACCUGUCAGACGGCCGGGAUCGGCACCAUCAACGACGACAGCAGCAGCAGCAGCCGCUGCACCGGCAAAACCACCCCCAAUUAGAAGACCACCCGUUGGAGUAGCUCAAGCUCCAGCCGUUCGGCAGCAACAGCCGCAGCAGGUUGCGCCACCGGCUGGUACGGGGCCAAAACCUCGCGCCGGAUCAGCGGUACCGAUUCCGGUGAAGCGGCCUCCACAACCAAUUCCCCUGCCCGCGGGAUCUGCGAGUACCACCCAGCUGCGGCCAUCGCCGUCCGUUCGGGCCAUGUUGCCGCGACCGGGUCCGGCGGGAGGGCCGGUCAGUAAGCGGCGGUGAAAAUUUAGGGGUGUAUUUAUUUUGAUAUUGUGUAUUGAUGAAGAAAUGCUAAUAUAUAAUUAAUUUUAUGAAA